GCCAAAUUUUCAGAGAGCAUAAUUUUCUUCUCAGAAAAUUUGUGCAAAAAAAUAAAUAAAUACAAAAAAACACAAAUUUUCCAAACAAAGUUACAUUCCAAAAUCUUGAACCCUCAAAAAAAUAUGGCUCAAGUUGAAUAUUUAGAUAAUUUACUCAAAGAAUAUCUCAUGUUUCGAGGUUUCUCCAGUACAUUACGAGCUCUAGAUUUUGAACAAAAAAACGAUAAGGACAAAAGUUUUCGUGCUGAAAAAAUCUUGGAACAAUUUAAUAUAUUUAUCAACAAUCACGAUCUUCAAUCGUUGCGUGAUUUAUGGAGUCAUCUUGAUACUAAUUUGUUUAGUAAAUUAGAACAUACAUAUGCUGAAGCUGUAAAGAAGCUUGAAAAUGGAUUAUUAAAAUUGUAUUUGGUGACUGCAUACACCAACAAUCGCACAGAUAAGAUAUCAGAUUUCUUUGUUAAGCUUGCACCGGAAAUACGCUCCCAAUCCGAAUGGAAAGAAUGGUUUUAUUUACCAUUUUGUAAGAAUGCUGAGGAACUUCCCACAUUCGCCCAUUAUUUCUCUAAACAAUGGCAAGAGACCUUACAAAUUUCAUUGCGAAACUUCCUCACAACCAUCUACCAAUGCAUUCCACAACCAACUAUCGUCAAGGCUGAGCAUGAAGCCUCUCUUAUUCGACGGUUACAGGAGGAAAACUCCAAUUUAAAAGCUCGCGUUCAGUCGUUGCAUCAACAGCAACAACAACAACAACAGCAGCAACAACUCAGCUCUUCGAUAAGUGGUAGCAAUCAGAAUCUCAAUCAACUACCCCCAAAUGAGAAUUUCAAACGUGGACGUUCCACUAACAAGCCACAGGGCUUGAAUGACAUUUCCCCUUUCGAUGUCAGUCCACCAGGUCACAUUGUUGAUGACUUCUUUAUUAUCGCCUCGGAAACCAUUAACAUUGCUCAGUACCCAGAUGCCCAAGCAAGAGGAUUGAAAAUGCUCAUCAAGAAUAUUGGAUCGAACAAUAGUCCGGUUUUGGGACGGAAAGAAUCUAACGACAAACCAAAGAAACGCUCUGGAAGUGUUGGCAGGAGUUGGAUAUAAAUACAAUAUUCAUUCAAACAAUAAAAAUACCAAGUUUAAUAUUAUUCAAAAUAAUUUGUAACAUUUAUUAUGAUUUCAACAAAAAUAGAUUUUUUUUUAGUUUCAUUAAAAUAUGAAAAGAUUGCACGUUAUACAGAA